AUGGAGGUCGCCCUCCCCCGCUUUGGGAACAUCCCGAACUCAGAUAUUUCUCCAGAUACAGGGGAAGGGGCUGCUCCAACCCCCCCGAUGAGAAACCCCCAGCAACUCGCAGACAAAACGAGAUAUUGCCUCUUCCAUCGACAGAAUGGGCAUGAUACGGAAGAGUGUCGCGAGCUGAAGCGACAGAUCGAGGAGCUAAUUCAGAGGGGGCAUCUUGGCCACUACAUACGGCAGAAUAAAGAGCUUUCGUCACGACCCGAGGGCCCCGUUGAAAGGCAGAUUGAUGUGAUCAUGGGCGGCCCUGCGUCUGGGGGAAAUAGUAUGACGAGGCGGAAAGCAUACGCCCGCGCCCCAACACCCGAAGACCCCGGACGCGGGCCCGCGCCCGAGGUCACGUUUCCAACUGAGAGAACCGAACCGCCUGAACACGAUGACGCGCUAGUGGUGGCUGCCAGAAUCGCCAACGCAUGA